AUGUAAAGGCUCCACAAAGAACCCGGAGUUCAACUGAGGCUGCUGGGUCGGCCUGAGGAUGGACCCCAAGCCCUGAGAGCUGCUGCCGGACCCAGGACCUGCCAGGAGCAUGCACUGAGGCAGCUGCAGGCCACACUGUGAGGAGGAGCAGCCCCAGAGACACCCCAGCGAGCCCCAUCCCCGAGAGCCUCUGAGAGCAGAGGGUGUUGCCAGCAGAGGCCAGUAAGUCAAGGCUGCCAGAGCAGCCUGAGGCUUGGGACCCCUCGUGGAGGCCAUGGCCAGGCUGCCCCGCUGAUGGCACUGUGAAGCAUGUGAGGCUCUGAGCCAGAGGCGAGCAGGAGAAGAGAGGCUUUCAGAGAUUUCAUUCAUAAAGAUCAACUACCACACCGCAAGGACCAUGAGGUCACUGUGUGUGACCUGCUGGUGGCUUGGAUUGCUGGCCACAAUUGGAGCUGCUGCAGGUCCAGAGGGUGAUGCUGAGGGCGCAGAGGACGGCUCGCAGAGAGAGUACAUUUACCUCAACAGGUACAAGCGGGCCGGUGAGUCUCCGGACAAGUGCACCUACACUUUCAUCGUGCCCCAGCAGCGGGUCACGGGUGCCAUCUGUGUCAACUCCAAGGAGCCCGAGGUGCACCUGGAGAACCGCGUGCACAAGCAGGAGCUGGAGCUGCUCAACAACGAGCUGCUUAAGCAGAAGCGGCAGAUCGAGACCCUGCAGCAGCUGGUGGAGGUGGACGGGGGCAUCGUGAGCGAGGUGAAGCUGCUGCGUAAGGAGAGCCGCAACAUGAACUCUCGGGUCACACAGCUGUACAUGCAGCUCUUGCACGAGAUCAUUCGCAAGCGGGACAACGCACUGGAGCUCUCCCAGCUGGAGAACAGGAUCCUCAACCAGACGGCCGACAUGCUACAGCUGGCUAGUAAGUACAAGGACCUGGAGCACAAGUUCCAACACCUGGCCAUGCUGGCCCACAACCAGUCGGAGGUCAUCGCCCAGCUUGAGGAGCACUGCCAGCGGGUACCUGCUGCCAGGCCCGUGCCCCAGCCACCCCCAGCCACCCCACCUCGGGUCUACCAACCACCCACUUACAACCGCAUCAUCAACCAGAUCUCCACCAACGAGAUCCAGAGUGACCAGAACCUGAAGGUGCUGCCGCCCCCUCUGCCCACCAUGCCUACUCUCACUAGCCUCCCAUCUUCCACCGAUAAGCCAUCAGGCCCAUGGAGAGACUGCCUGCAGGCCCUGGAGGAUGGCCACGACACCAGCUCUAUCUACCUGGUGAAGCCCGAGAACACCAACCGCCUCAUGCAGGUGUGGUGCGACCAGAGACAUGACCCGGGGGGUUGGACGGUCAUCCAGAGACGCCUGGAUGGCUCUGUCAACUUCUUCAGGAACUGGGAGACUUAUAAGCAAGGGUUUGGGAACAUCGAUGGUGAAUAUUGGCUGGGCCUGGAGAACAUCUACUGGCUGACGAACCAAGGCAACUACAAACUUCUUGUAACCAUGGAGGACUGGUCUGGCCGCAAGGUCUUUGCAGAAUAUGCUAGCUUCCGCCUGGAACCAGAGAACGAGUACUAUAAGCUGCGGCUGGGGCGCUACCAUGGCAACGCAGGCGACUCCUUUACCUGGCACAACGGCAAACAGUUCACCACUCUGGACAGGGACCAUGACGUGUACACAGGAAACUGUGCCCACUAUCAGAAGGGAGGAUGGUGGUAUAAUGCCUGCGCUCACUCCAACCUCAAUGGGGUCUGGUAUCGCGGGGGCCAUUACCGGAGCCGAUACCAAGAUGGGGUCUACUGGGCUGAGUUCCGAGGAGGAUCUUACUCGCUCAAGAAAGUGGUGAUGAUGAUCCGGCCAAACCCCAACACCUUCCACUAAGCUUGUCCCCUUCCCGGCCACUCACGGCCUUUACCAGAAGCCAUCGAAGCCAUCCCAGCCGUGCAGACCUCAGCACAGCUCCUCACCAGCUCCUCUCAGGCUGGGAGGAUAGGGUGCUGGACCCCGCUUUCCAAAUCACGCUGUCAGAUGAUGGAAAUGAACAGUGUUCUCUGUCCCUCCUGCUUUCUUACACACCAGACGGCCCCUCAUACUCCCAGGAAGGGUGGAACUGCAGGCGUUUUAAUUAGGUCCCUCCAAGAAAACACAACUGCCAACACCCUCAGACAUGACAGACAUGCAUAUGAGCCACCACGUGUGUGCGCUCUUAGACACACAUCACACGUGGUGUUCCUAGAUAUGCGUAUGAGGUUGCCACAUACACUUAACUUUUCCACACUCCGUGCUCAAAUGCUGAUGCCAGCACCACAGCUUUGCCCUCAGGAGAAUGCUCUUCCUCACUGCCCUCUCCUUGAACCUAUGGGCACAACAGGCCAUGUAGCCCCGAUUUUAAAAUACAGUCCUUGGCAUUGCCUGGAUUCUUUCUGGAAUGCCCGCACGCUCAUCUCUCACGUCACAGUUCCUGGCCUUCUCCCUUGGGAACCUCUCUGGGCACCUGACCAACCACUCCCCUUCCACUGUGUAUUCUCCCCUUCUCCAGAUGGCCCGGCAGCCAGCUACCCCCUCGGCCUGCACCUUUCUUUCUGUGUCUUAGUCUCUGGCUGCUCCCUGGAGAUCAAGGGUCCUCUUCUCCCUUUUCCUCUAGCCUCUCCUCUUCUGCCACACAGACCUUUGUUUUUGGCACAAUUCAUUGGCCUUUGGGGAGGAAAUAGUCUGGGCUCAGGCUCCGGCUGGGAAAGGGAAGGCCAGGCCAGGCCAGGAGCCGCAGUGGCGGCCACGUAGACUUGUAUCAGCUUUGUGUCUUCCAUUCAGACUUUAGCCUCCACAUUAUUUUAGCUUCCACAUAACAGUACCCUGCCUUGCCAGAGACACUCCAUUGGAGAGAAGUCACUGCCAACAUGUUGGGACUCCCAGACAGCUGCAGCUUUGAGGUCCCGUGCUCACAAGGAACAAUAUGCACCCUGUCCCCAGAAGACGAGGCCACACAAGGAAAGCCUAACUACUUUCCAUGAGCCGCAACGCCCUCAGGGCUGCUGUGCACUGCAGCAUGGUGGCUUCUAGAGUCCUGCUGGGCUUAGAGGUAUCACAUGACUGCCAUGCCAGGAGCAACAGAUAAGUCAAGAAGGUGAGACCCUCCCGGUGGGUACAUGUGCCAGGUGUGUGAGCUGUGGGCCAUUUGGUACUGUCCACAUCUGGGUGCAUGCCUAUUACCUCAGCAUUUCUCCCAGUGUGCCAUGUAGCAUGUUCUGUUUAUGUAUAAAAGGGAGGUGUUUUUGUCUUUUUUUAAAAAUAUAUUCCCAGACUAUCCUUGUAAUGACACAAAUCUGCAAUAAAAGCCAUAAGUGCUAUGUGGAUGCA